AUGUUAAACCUUAGCUUUCAAAUAACUGAAAUUCAAAAAAAUAUUACUAAAGAACAAGAAUGGCUUAAAAAACUUAAAAGACAUGCAUCUAAUCAGCAAAAAUUCCAAGAAAAAAAAUUAAAAGCACUUAAUAAAAAAAGUAUUGUUUCAGCAUACAAUCUUGUAGAAAGAAGUAUGGCCACACUUUUAGAAAAAAUCACUGAAAUUACAUUAAAAAUUGAUCAAUUUGGAAAUCAUUUAAACUUACAUGAUGAAGUUUAUCCUAUUAAUGGAAAACCUGUUUAUAUUAAGUAUAUUGAUAAGCAAAAUGAUCUAUGUACUAAAGUUAGAUUUACAACACCUAAAGAAACAGGCAUGCAAGAUCUAAAAGAGAAUGAUUCACUUGUUUCUUGGUCAUAG